GUCGAUAUGUUCGAUGACGUCUGGUCAUUUGAUUUGGAUACUCAUCAUUGGAAGAAAAUGCCUUUUGACCUUGCGGUACCAGUGUUCUUUCAUGAUGCGGCCAUCACCAAGGAAGGAUGUUUGAUUGUGUGGGGUGGAGUGCUUGAUAUCUACAGCACGGUACGAACUAAUACUGGGCAGUGUUGUUAUCUCGAACCGCCAUCAUUGAAAACCCUAGCUGCUUUAGCUUUGCGACCGUAUUUGAAGUAUACGAGGAUCGAAGAUUCUGAUGGACUACGCUGUUCCCGUGUCAUGGAUAUAGUACGUGGCAUAUGCACCGACAUGUCUGCUGGCGGCGAAUCUCAGUGUACACUGCCCUAG